ACAGAGAGAGAAAGUUCUUCAAAUCUGUGUCUCCACUCCAACCCCUCUCGUCCUUGUUCUCGUCCUCGUCCUCUCCAAUCAUUCGCCGAUCCUCCUCGUGCCUCCCAUGUCGUACUCUCUCUCUCUCUUUCUCUGAGUAGACCAUGACAAGGAGGAGGAGGUGGUGGUGGAGGUGGACGUGAAGGGCUUCUUCUUCUUCCUGAGAUUCGGAGGCGAGGUGAUGGCGAUUUGAUUGAAGUAGUUGGAAGAAUCGGAUAGAAAGAAGGGGAAAGGAGAGAUUUUGGAGCGUUUUUUAGGGUUUUGUUGUUUGAUUCAUGUGGUUUUGAUGGGGAAUAAGAUGAGUAGGAGGAGAGUAGUGGUGGAUGAGAGGUACACGCGGCCGCAGGGUUUGUAUCCGCAGUGGGACAUCGAUCUGAGGAAGCUCAGGAGCCUUAUUCUUGAUGCAAAAUUGGCUCCUUGCUAUCGGGGAGAGGACGAAUCCGCUUCCGAUCUCGAGGAUUGCCCCAUCUGCUUCUUGUACUAUCCUAGUCUCAAUCGGUCAAAAUGUUGCAUGAAAAGCAUUUGUACAGAGUGUUUUCUUCAGAUAAGACCAAGUCUUUCAACUCGCCAUUCACAGUGUCCAUUCUGUAAAACUUCGAACUAUUCAGUGGAAUAUCGUGGUGUGAAGACAAAAGAAGAAAAAGGCAUGGAACAAGUUGAGGAACAAAAGGUCAUAGAAGCACAAAUAAGGAUGCGGCUGCAAGAGCUUCAAGAAGAUGCAGAAAGAACAAAGAAGAAACAGGCACUAUCUUUUAGAUACACAGCAGAAGAUGAUGAGUUUGUUUCAUCUCAGCCAUCAUCUUCAGUGCUUGCCGGCACACAGUCUACAUACUCGAGGCGGGAUAGUGUUGAGAAUUAUGACCUUGACUUGGAGGACGUAAUGGUUCUGGAAGCUAUACGGCGUUCUUUACAGGAACAAGGAACCCCAGUAAACCCAGUUUCUAGUCGCAGUACAUUGUCAGAAGCACCUCGUUCCGAUCACAAUGACCCGCAACUAGCAACUUAUUCAGAAAUAUCCCCUCCCAGUGGUUUUGCUUCCGCAAUCGCAGCUAUAGCCGAGCACCAGCACAUGAGCGGGGAAGUUUUUGCUUCUGCUUAUCAGAUGCUCCAAAGUUCGGGCAUUUUGCGUGCUAGAGGUAGUAAUGUAUCAACGACUAACAAUUCUCCAGUACAGUGGGCCGACGUGACACCAAACAGCACCAGUUUAGUAGUGAGGGAGGAGGGCGAGGGCUCAACAGAGUGGUGGUCAGACGAGGCAGAGGCCGGGACGAGCUAUGCUGCCUCUAAUGCGCCUACCACCUCAUUGGUUCUUUCAGAAAACCCGAAUUUGCCUGCAGGCCACUUUCUCCCGGAGAGCUUCGAAGAACAAAUGAUGGUAGCCUUGGCUCUUUCGCUCGCAGAGGCUUGAGCUAGGGCAAACUCUUUUGGGCUCACGUAAAUUGCAGUGAUCGGUGGGGCUUGGACGCAGGAAUGUUUAUUAUGACUUCUUUUUUUUUCUCUCCUUUUCUUUUGUUUCAUUGUUUGUUGUUUUUUCAUAUAUUGUAUGUAAAAAGUUACAAACUAGGAGGAAAAAAAAAGAAAAAAGAAGAAGAAAAAGCAGGCAUAGUUUACGGUGGAAUUUGGAUUUACAGUGGGAUAGAAGGGCUAAUACAGCUUGGAAUGUAAUAGAAUUGUGCAAUAAUUAAUUUGCCCCUGUAAUUUUACAUAAUACGUAUUUACUUUCUCUUCUUUUGAGUA